CUUGUAGACGGCGCGGUGGACACACACUUCGAGGCGAAUGUGUGACUCAGAUGUCCUCCCUUUCUUGCAGUCCCCGUGUGGACCCCCCAGAGGCGGUCUUGUCUGCGCAGCGCGACUUCUGGCUGGCUGCCGGUCCAUCACUGUACAGCUCGAAUCCUUUCUCUUUUUGACUCGAACUCCACUUCCUCGUUCUCACUCUCACUUUAGAGGGGUUGGCCUGCCUGGAUUCUCCUGUUUUGUCUCUUUUCGGAGUGUGUCGGUCCUCGCCACGAAAUCGAAUGCGCUUGACUAAAUAUCAGCUCGUUACGGUCUGUGCGUUGUUUCCUCAUCUUCUGCCUUCUUCGUCUUCCUCUAUACUCGUCUUCCUCCAUACUCGUCUUCUUUUUCUCUUCUGUCCUUCCUUCCGUAUCUUCUUCUCUCCCGAGCCUUUCCUCUCCACGCUUUCCACUUUCUUCGUCUGCUCUCCGCAUCUCUUCUCUUCGUCGUUCUUUGUCUCCUCUUCUCAUCUUCUUGUUUCCUCGCCUUCGUCUUUCCUUAUCCACUUUCCUUACCUCUGUUUACCUUCUUCGUUCGCCUUCUUCCUCUAUCUCUGUCUUUUCUGGAGUUGCUGCUGCUACCAGUGAAAUCCUUGCGUGAGUGAUCUGAAUCAAAGGCUUUGUGCACUGUGUCGCGUGCUCUUCUUUCCCUCUCUUCUCCGUUGAAAAAAAUCGUGUGUUUACCACAUUCUUCACUGUCUCCUCCCGCAAUGCGCCUUCGCCCUUCCUCACUUUCCUCUUCUCAUUCCUCCUCUUUACCUCCCUCUUAUUCUAUGCGUCUCUCCCAGGCACAUCGCUCUUCUUCUCCCCAUUCUUCUCUUCCCUCUCCAGCCAGCACCCGCUGUCCUUUACCCUCUUUUCAUCUCCUUGUGUCUCCCUAUCGCCUCUCUCUCUCUUCUUCUCGUCUCUCUCUGCUUCUCCCUUCUCUUGUUCUCGUUUCUCUUCUUUGUUCUCCUUCUCUGUAUCCUCUUCUUCCCCCGUCUGUCUCUGCUGCGCCGACGUUGUCUCCCUUGCAGACACUUGAUUCGCGAGAAAGCUCGCUGAAAGCUGGUGGUUCACCGGAGAGAGAGCGGCAGGAAGUAUACUCGCAUCGAGCAGAAGAGAGGAAAGAUGUUUCGUCACUCUUUCAAGGAGAGACCGUCCCCCGCAGCGAAGAGACAGCGGAGUCAAGAGAUCGAAACGAUGGAGACACCUCCGGCUUCCUCUCUAGUCUGAGCGCCGCUCGUCCUGAGGGAGGAAACGAAGAAAGGAACAAAGCAAUCCAGCACGGUUUUUCUGACGAUGAGGCGGAAGACCAGGAAGGCCAACUGGCUUCGCCAGGUGAGAAGGAAAACGCGGAAGUCCAAGACUCCCCUCUCUUUAGAAAAGGACAUGAAAAACUCGGAGACGCUCCAGAAACUCGUGAGACGCACGGACGAGGUGAAGAGCGCAGAGCGUCGCGAGAAUCCAACAGAAACGCAUCCCUUGUGGCGCCAGGAAGGGUGAGACCUCAGGGGCGCAGAGAGGCCUUUCGCCUUCCCCAGAAGACCGCCCAGCCGAACAGGAGACACCUUCGAGACGCCCACGGAGCCAGCAGCGCAGCGGAGGAGUCGGAGAGGAGAACGAGAGAGGAGGCCGGAAAGAAGAGUGGAAUCGAGACUCAACGCGGAGGCGUCUCGACAGUUGUCUCUCGAGAUACAGCAGAUGGAGGGACGCCAGUGCACCUCACAGCUACUGGCCAGAGAAGCGCGAGGAACAGAGACGGGGAGACAGCACGAGGAGCGCUCCGACUUCGCGCUCCGACAAGUCGAGAGGGUGCCGGUGCGCCGUGGUCAGGCGACGCCUCAGGUGAAGAGGAGCGAAGCGAGGAGCGAAACGAGGAGCGGGGGAGGCCGGGAGGAGGGACUCGACAGUCGCUGGAGGCAGCAGUUUCGCAGGCGAGCGAGCUGAAGGAAGGACAAGACAGGCUGCGAGAACUGGGGACUGUGGGCGGCGACGAAGGGCAGCGUGGCGGAGCCGGAGAGAAGCCUGUGGAGGCAGCGGAGAGGGUGGAAGAGAGUCGGGAGAAGCAGGGAGGAGAAGGCGAAGGAGACUGGGAGGAGGCCAGCGAGGAAGUUCGCCGGGCAGGUGACGAGGACGGGAAGGAUCAGAGAGGAGGAGAGAGAGACGAGAAGAAGGCCAACGUGAAUCUCCUCGCGUCUGCCCCGCAGGCGAGAGAAAGAGACACUGGCACUGGUGAAGACGGUGGAGACAAAGGCAAGACGUCAGACGAGGAGACGGAGGAAGAGGGUCCGUCGAGUCUUGUCUUCCUCGCUCUUGGAUCCGGAGCAACCUUCUUCGUGUUCUCCUGGCUCCUCAUCAAACAGCGAGAGAAGAUGAAACGCGAAAGGUACACCCGGCUGGCUCAACUGUUUGAGUCCUAAGAAGAGCGUAGCUUUGUCGCUCUCGGCUUUGCCUUUUUGCCAGUGUGCGUGAACUCUGAAUACGCACAACAGCCAGAAAGCGAGGAAGACGAGGAAUGGACUGUUUUUGUUUCUUUCCACUGGCUUGCAGUUGCGGCUUCCGUGUCUCCUCGCCCCCUUUCGUCUGAGCUGCUUUCCUUCGUUUUUCGUUUUCUCGUCCUGUCAGUUGUUUUUCUGAGUCCUUUGCCUCAAACGCUCUUUCUCCUCUCUCUCUUCGGUGUCUCUGAUAGAUUUUCCUGCAAACGUUUUUCCGCGGUGCUGCAGCUAUCCCUGAGUUUCAGUCUUCAGGAAAAGCACGGCCGAUUUGUGAGGUGUGUGAGAGCCUCUCUCUGCUCGCAGAUGAAACACGAAAAAGGAUUUCGUCUUUUUGGUCCUGAGAGGUUCUGUGCAGCACGGAAAGAACCGCUCGGACGCCUGAACCUGAGAUGUCGUUCGAGAAAAGAAAACUCCUCUGCCCGAUGUUUAGCGAUGAGACACGUUCCA